AUGCAGGCGCCAAGAGAGAAUGCAGUGCUUGUCUUUGGCUCCACUGGCAAGCUGGGCCGCCAGAUUGUGACACAGUUACUGGAGGAGGGACGGACAGUGGUGGCAGCUGCGCGGGAUGCACAGAAAGCGGACACAGUUUUUGAGGAGCUCGGUCUGCGCGUGGGCUACCAGGCCGACAAGUCCAAGGGAAUACUGGCGCUUGAGGGUGACGUGGACAUCACUAACCCAGAGAGCCUGAACAGGCCGGAGCUGUGGGCGGGCGUGUCUCAGGUGGCGUGCGCUGUUGGGCCGAUUUUUGGCCGCCUGCCUGACGGAAAGAUGGGGUAUCUGGAUGACAUGACAUCGGAGAGGGUGGAUGCCCAAGGGGUGGCCAACAUUGCGAGUGCGCUGCAGAGUGUCUUCAAGGACAAGGCGAAAUCGAGGGAGACGGCUACUGUGCUUCCGAUGACGAGCGAGGCUGACCUGGUGAAGUGGCAGCGGCUGGAUGAUGUCAUCAUGGGCGGUCAGUCAUCCAGCGCGCUUACUUUGGCGGCAGACGGCUCCGGCGCUGUCUUUAGUGGUGACCUCAUCAUUGAGGGCGGCGGCUUCUGCGGCGCGCGUACUAAGGCGCUGGACCUGAACUUGGGGGAGUUUGAUGGAGUGGCGCUGGAGGUGGAGGGAGAUGGGCAGACCUUCAAGCUCAACCUAAAGACCGCAGAUCAGGAGGACCUGCCUGAGUGCACCUUCCAGGCCACUUUUGACACACUGCCAGGCCGCAGUACAACGGUGUACAUCCCCUGGAGGGAGUUUGUGGCUGUGAAGCGAGCGCGCGUGGACCCUGCCGCGCCAAAACUGGAUCCCUCCUCAGUCCGCCAGCUGGGACUGGUUCUCAGCAGAUUCGAGUUCAACGGCCUCGCGAACCCCAACUAUUGGGCCGGGAAAUUCUCCUUGAAGAUCAAGGGGGGGAUCCAGGGUUUCAGGGAGCCGCGCCCGGCGAUAGUGUUUGUGACAUCGGCGGGAGUGGAAAGGAAUGCAAAGAUCGGCGACGAUGAGACUGCGCGCAAAGCCGACAUCCCAAUUGUGCAGCUCAACCCCGGUGGCGUGCUGAACCACAAGUAUGCCGGCGAGUGGGCCGUCCGCAGCGCAGGCAUCCCCUACGCCGUAGUGCGUUCCACAGGUCUCACGUCCGAGGACGAGGACACAGAUUUCGUGCUGGAGGCGUCCCAGGGCGACCGCAUCUCCGGCAAGAUCAGCCGCAAGGAGGUCGCGCGAGUCGCCGUGGCCGCGCUUGGGACUGCCGCCUCGGUCGGCAAGACGGUGGAGAUCCGCAGGAGCGAGGCGGCCGGGGACAGGGGCAAGGCGUCCAGUCAGCCGGACCUGGAACGCCUCUUCCUGACCGCCGUGCAGGACCGGCACCGCCCGCGCAUCAACCUCGCUCCCCUGCCGGCGCCGGUCCCCCCGCCCAAACCCCCUACACCGGAGCGGACAGCGGAGAUUCUGUCGGACGAGCGAGUGCAGGCGGCGCAGGCGGCCGGCCGCGGCGGCCGCGUGCGCAGCGAGGAGGAAACUUCCGCGGCAACUUCCGUCACCGUCGUCGGGGACAAUCGCGCACAAGUCUCCGCCCCGGGCCAGAACGGCGCCCAGCCGCAGGGAGAUGGGGACGAGGCUGUGCCGCAGAAUGUCAAAGAGGCCAGAGACUGGAUCAGGUCAUGGAGGGCGAGUAAUUUGGAGAGGAAGCUGCCACAGGAAGAGAAGGCGGGAGUGAAUUCUUGA